UUCGCUGUGCAAGGUUCGUUUUGCCUUCUCCAGGGAUGGCUUUGAACUCCAGAGCCCAUGCCUUCUCAGUGGAAGUCUUGGUAGGGAAACUCGACAAAAGAAAACUUCCAGACCCGGCAGAGAAAUCCCAGCCUGAGCUCCAGGGAAAAGAGGAUGACAAGGAGAGGAAGAGGUACUGCCCGGAAGUAAAGAAGAGCGAAUGUCCUGGCUCCAGCAAGGAGGUGCUCGAACUGGAAAGCUCUCUCAAACCCGUGGCGUCUCCGUGCUCUGCUCAAAAGCGACCCAAACUAGAGCCCUCUGCAAGUCUAUUCACUGGUGGCGGCAGCAACUGCGGGGACGGCGGCGGCGGCGGGAGUGACAAGGAGGAAGGGGACUGCGAGGAUGCUGUUGAGGACAGGGAUGAGGAGGGCCUCGGCGGACGUCUGGAAGAAAAAGAUGCUAUCCACGUGGAGCUUCAAGGAUCCGAGCUGUGGAAAAUAUUCCAUGACAUUGGGACUGAGAUGAUCAUUACCAAGGCGGGCAGGCGGAUGUUUCCCUCUGUUCGGGUCAAGGUAAAAGGGUUGGAGCCAGAAAAGCAAUACUAUUUGGCCAUUGAUGUUGUGCCGGUGGAUUCCAAACGCUAUAGAUAUGUCUACCAUAGCUCCCAGUGGAUGGUAGCUGGGAAUACUGACCAUACGUGCAUCACCCCCAGGAUCUAUGUCCACCCAGACUCACCUUGUUCAGGAGAGACUUGGAUGCAACAGACCAUCAGUUUUGAUCGAAUGAAACUCACCAACAAUGAGAUGGAUGACAAAGGCCAUAUCAUUCUGCAGUCUAUGCAUAAGUACAAGCCCCGUGUGCAUGUGGUGGAGGAGGACAACAGGGUUGACCUGUCCCAGAUUCACUCCCUGCCUACCGAAGGAGUUAAAACAUUUUCCUUUAAAGAAACUGAGUUCACCACAGUGACUGCCUACCAAAACCAGCAGAUUACAAAACUGAAAAUAGACAGAAAUCCUUUUGCUAAAGGAUUUAGGGACCCUGGAAGAAACAGGGGUAUAUUGGACAGUCUUUUAGAGACCUACUCAUGGAGGACUUCUCUCACUCUGGAUUUUAAAACCAUUGGUACAGACACACCAAGUGGACACAGUGGCUCAUCUCCAGUGACCUCUAGUGGAGAGCCUCCCUCUCCUUUGAAUCCCAUACUUUCUCCACCUUGUUCCCCGCCUACGUGUUACUUACCUACAAACUGCCUUGGAAUGUCCUGUCUGGAGGCAUCUCUGCACAAUAUCAAUCUGCCUCCUUGCUACAAGAUUUGCCCAACUAGCUUUUGGCAACAGCAGUCUCUUGUCUUGCCUUUUUCUGAAAAUUUAUCAAACAGCAACAUUCCACAGUCGUUCGUCCCACUCAUAAUGGACACGCCCAUGUUAUCUUCCCUGGAGGCCACUAAUUCAAAAAAUGAUUUAUCUGAAAACUUCAGUGGACAGUGCGUAAAAGUACCUAAUUCUGUCAAUCAAAUAUUGCAAACAUUAGAGGCACCUAGAUACAUUUCCCCCCAAAACUCCAUUGCUCAGAAAGUAUUUGGUUGCUCUUUCUACCCUUCCUAUGGACUUUACAGAUACAAAUUCCCUAUACUACCUAGACUGGUAAAUGGUGCAGACCAUCCCAAAGUGAAUGACGACAGUCAAUUUUCAUUUAGAGAAGUCAAAGGGAAUCAUGCUUAUUGGUAUCCAACAAUUAACCACUGUGUUUAAUGGUAUAUUCAUAUUCCUAAACUAAUUACAUGUAAGCAUAUAUUUUCUUUAUUUGUAGCUAAAGAAAAAUCAU